CCAAAGGCCCAAACCAUCUUUUGAAUCUCCCAACUGUCCUCUCUCUCUCUCUCUCUCUCUCUCUCUCUCUCUCGCCUUUUUGUGUGUACAUGGGACACCAUCUUUUGUAUCUCUCUCUCUCUCGGAUGGUCUCAAACACACGCCUGCUUAUUUUCACCUCAACAGCAAAAAAACGAAGCAAAACUUAGAACCACUGAAGCAUCUUGUAAAAUGGGUAUGCAACUCCGCACUAGUUACUGCCUCAAUCACUUCACAAUAUCACCAUUAUUACCCUCGCUUGUGCACAAGCACACCAGGUGUUCGACGAUUUCACAGCUAUCUUUCAAAAACCAAAUUGGCUAUGACAACAGCGAGCGCGCGCAAUUUUUUGUCGCAGCAUCAAAUAACGCAGAUUCACCUUUCAUUGGCUGGGAUGAGUGGAAACCUGAGAUGCGUUCCAAAGCUCCUUCUCUCAGCGACGUCCUAUGGCCUUCUGCAGGGGCAUUUGCGGCAAUGGCAAUGUUGGGGAAGAUGGACCAGGUGUUGGCACCAAGAGGAGUUUCAAUGACAAUUGCACCCUUUGGAGCUGUUUGUGCUGUCCUCUUUGCCACUCCCUCCUCCCCUGCUGCUCGGAAGUACAACAUGUUUUUGGCUCAAAUAGGUUGCGCAGUCAUUGGUGUUUUGGCGUUUUCGAUAUUUGGUCCAGGUUGGCUAGCUAGGAGCACUGGUCUUGCUGCAGCCAUAGCUUUCAUGAUCUACACACGAGCAAUUCAUCCACCAGCUGCGAGUUUGCCCUUGCUAUUCGUCGAUGGAGCAAAGUUGCACGGCUUGAAUUUUUGGUUUGCUUUCUUCCCUGGUGCUGCUGGAUGCAUUGUCCUUUGGUUAAUUCAAGAGAUUGUAUGUUUCUUGAAGGACAACUUCAAAUUCUAACUCAUUCUAACUGCAUCAUUUUAAGUCCUGCAAUGUAAGCAAGUAGCCACCCUAUUAAAAGGUAUGAAGCUUCUUAUUUACUCUCAAAAGUGACUGGUCUCCAACACAGUUCCAGAAAUGACCAAAAUGAAAUCUGCCGCAUUCCAGUCAUGGUGGAAAACGAUUUAAAGAUGUUUUAACUUGGUGUGAAUUACUGGAUUGCAACAUUUCCUGUUUUGGUAGUGCUGAAUUCAAUUAUUUGAGGAGUCUCAGAAGCACCAACAACAGAGAAUUUCGUCGAUACAGUAUAGUGAAUGAGAAAAGAAUUUCUUCAACGAUAGAGAUGUUUGUAAAGUGUCUGUGCUUUCUUACCUGUGUCAACUACCAAUUUUAUAUGCAUGCCAAUUCUUAUCUUAAUACAACCAAGGUCCAUCUCUACUCAUUAUGAAUUACUCCGUACAACGAAUACACUACAUAUUUUCUUGUGUAUAAUUUUUUGGAUCCUGGGGUUUCCUCUUUUUUCUUUUUUCAGUUUGAUCGGACCAUGUUAAUUUAUUGUGUGAGAAUGCUAAUUGUAAUGCUCGUGUGACUCUUUGUUGUACAUGCACCUCAAGAUCUAGUGGGAAGUCCAAAUAAAAUUGACCUUUUGUU